AUGUUCACGAGUGGAAGCCAGUCAUCCUCUCUCGCCAGUAUGGGACUCUCUGAAUACGAGACCAUCUACGAGAAGGUUUCUAAAUCAUCAAUCAUGGGCCGAUGGAUACAGACACAAAAGAAGGAAGUGAUUACAGAAAAAGAUGAUGAAUUUGAAAUUGUGGAAAACAAUGAUUCAUACUACUCUAACUUGUCCAACUACAUGUUAUCAGAAAUGUUCAGACAUAUGAGGAAUAUGUUUGAAGAAUAUUCGGAAUCAACAAAUUCGGGACAGUUUGUAGAUAUUGAAUUAUUGUUAUUGGACGUUGAUGAUUAUGGCCAAUGGAAAAUACUAUUGCCCGACCAACCCAUCGUGUCUAAUUUUAUUGAAACUGGUGUCAUUAGCUCUUCAACCAUGCUCUCACCUAAUGAGAUGCAUGUAAAUGGGCAUUCCGUUUCAGAAUCACUCAAUGGAGGUGGUGUGAGACCUCUAUCUGUACGAAUUCCAGACAAGGAAGAUUUACCUUCAAUUUUGGAUAUCAGUAAUUUCAAUAGAGACACAUUUCCCAAUGUACGGUUGGCCGUGAAAAUAUUUGGAUGUGUAAUUUCGUUUUUUGAAGAUUCACUCACUUAUGUGAUAGAAAAACAAAACGCCUUAUCAAUUAUUCAAAAUUUGAAAUUAACAACUGCACUCAAGAAAUUUAAAGUCCCUCUCUCCUCGAAAGAUUCUCAAAAAGCUGCCUUUGACAAGGUAGUGAAAUUAAUUCAAUAUUAUAACGCAUCAGUCUAUUUCGAUUUGAUUUCAGUUAACAGUAUCAAGUUUGUGAAGGAUUUAUUCUCGAUUUUUAAUUCAAAGAUUGUACAAAAAGAGUUUCCACCAAUAUUAACUCAGUUAGAAAAAUUUUGGAACACGUAUUACUAUUACAGAAGCAAAUAUUUAUCCUCAUGCUUCAAUGAAGAUGAUACCAUACUGCAAAAAGAGAAAGAGGAGCAAAAACAAAAAAAGAAAAAAACUCACAUUGAUAUUGAUGAACUCAAACCUUGGGAAAUUCCAAUAUUUGAAUAUACAUUACCAUCAGAUAUUUUCAAAUUACUGAAAAAGGUUAAGGGUUGGAAAUCAGAUGUAGUAUUGAUCAUGUCAUACAAGCAGCUCCAUUUACUGCUCAACUUGAUUCUAGAGGUAUUUCCGGAAUUCAAAGAAAAAUUUCCAUUUGAUUUCCAAUUGCUUAAAAACUUUGAUAGAACAUGUUGGUUCCAUCAUUAUUACCAAUUAGAGUCCGAUCCAAUUGCUAAAUAUUCUCACCACAUAAUAACUCCUUCCAAAGAUUGUAAUUUCUCCGAACCAACUUACCUCAAGUCUAAUCCCUAUAUUUCAUUCUAUUCCUCUUGCCUUCUUCAAAACCCUUUAACAGAUUUUACUCAACUUCGAAACAGCAAACCAAAGUCAGAACCGAUUCUUGUGCUGAGCUUAGAUGGCGGAGGUAUUAAAGGCUUGAACCUGAUAUCCAUUUGUGAAGUAAUAGAACAAAAACUUGGCAAGAAAAUGUGUGAAAUAUUUGACUUGAUUUGUGGUACAUCAACAGGUGCCAUCUUAGCCAAACUUUUCCAAAUGGGCUAUAGUUGUGAGCAAUGUAAAUCUGUUUAUCAUAGCUUAGGAAAGCAAAUUUUCAAGCUGGAGGGAAAUAUUAAUGUUACCAAAACCUUAUUAACCAUGCAGGGAAAGAGUUGGUAUGACGAGAAAACACUUGAGGUCUUUUUCAGAAAAUAUGUUGGAAAAGAUUACAUCAAUGCUGAUCCAAACAAGAGACCUCUUUGGUUUGCUCUUUCAACACUAAACGCUCUAGAUGAAGAAUCUAAAAAACAUAUUACACGGUGCCACAAUGGAACAGUGUUUAACAAUUCUUAUGAACAAGAGUUUUAUGAAGAUUUGAUGAUGCACGCCGAGUCCACUCCAUUUAUUUUUCGAUCAUACUCUGAUCCUUUUCGAUAUGCAGAUAAUAAGAAACGGCAUCCUGAUUUCUAUUUAGGAACUUUACAUGGACGAGGCAUUAAAAAUUAUCAAGCGCUCCGUUGUACAUCUGCAGCUCCAUUGUACUUUAAGGAAAUGGUUAUUGGUCAAAGAAUCUUUGUUGAUGGAGCAGUUGUUGCGAAUAAUCCAUCAGUGGCUGCAGCAUUUGAGUCGAAACAAAUUUGGCCUGAUCAUGAAAAGUUUGUAUUCAUCUCUGUUGGAACUGGACUAAAGAAAUCUCAAGAAAAUACGAGCACUUCUCCGCAAGUAAAUGAUGAAGAAGAAUUGAAAUUUAAAACGGAGGCUCCUAUCAUGAAGAAGAGCUCUUCUGGACUUUUUGAUAAUGUGAAAAAAACUCUUUCAUCAAUUACAGAUCUUCUGAAUUUACAACUGAGCUCUGAAAAACAGCACAAGCUUAUGCUUACUCAAGUUGAGCAAAUGAGAGAAACAAAACAAGUUUCAUAUUUCAGAUUCAACACUCCUAAUUUGGGAGAUUUUGAUUUGGACAUUGUAGACGAUACUAUUUUAAAAGAAUGGGAGCAACAAUGUAAAAAAUACAUUGGAGACUUGAAGGAAAUGGACGAAGCGUGUGAAGUACUGAAAGCAGCAACAAACCUCAACGAAUGA